AUGCUGUUCUUCACCUUCCUGCUUAAGGUGGUUUGGAUCCUGGCUGCGGACGGGGGUCAACACUGGACUUAUGAGGGCCCACAUGGUCAGGACCAUUGGCCAGCCUCUUACCCUGAGUGUGGAGGCAAUGCCCAGUCCCCCAUCGACAUCCAGACAGACAGUGUGACAUUUGACCCUGAGUUGCCUGCUCUGCAGCCUCAUGGAUAUGACCAGCCUGGCACUGACCCUCUGGACCUGCACAAUAAUGGCCACACAGUGCAACUCUCACUGCCCCCUACCCUGUACCUGGAAGGACUUCCCCGAAGAUAUGUAGCUGCCCAACUCCACUUGCACUGGGGUCAGAAAGGAUUCCCAGGGGGAUCAGAGCACCAGAUCAACAGUGAAGCCACAGCUGCAGAGCUCCACAUCGUACAUUAUGACUCUGAUUCCUAUGACAGCUUGAGUGAGGCUGCUCAGAGUCCCCAUGGCCUGGCUGUCCUGGGCAUCUUAAUUGAGGUGGGAGAGACCAAGAAUCCAGCUUAUGAACAUAUUCUGAGUCACUUGCAUGAAAUCAGGCACAAAGAUCAGAAGACCUCAGUGCCUCCCUUCAACGUGAGAGAGCUGCUCCCCCCACAGCUGGGGCAGUUCUUCCGUUACAAUGGCUCGCUAACCACGCCCCCUUGCUACCAGAGUGUGCUCUGGACAGUCUUCAAUCCAAGGGCCCAGAUUUCCAUGGGCCAGCUGGAAAAGCUUCAGGAGACACUGUUCUCCACUGAAGAGGAGCCUUCCCAGCUCCUGGUACAGAACUUCCGAGCUCCCCAGCCUCUCAACCAGCGAAUGGUCUUUGCUUCUUUCACUCAAGCAGGAUCCAUAUAUACAACAGGUGAAAUGCUGGGUCUAGGUGUGGGAAUCUUGGUUGGCUGUCUCUGCCUUCUGCUGGCUGUUUAUUUCAUCGCUAGAAAGAUUCGGAAGAAGAGGCUGAGAAGCCGGAAAAGUGUCGUCUUCACUUCAGCACGAACCACCACUGAGGCAUAG